AGCAGCCCAUUAUGAGUAACACAGCCUCGGUGCGGCCUGGGAGCUGCCCAGGUCAGGGAGUGAGAGGGCUCAUCUCCCCCAAGAAUGUACAUCUCUGCUGAAUUGCUUAGGAGCAGGCUGGCGGAUGAGACUGGAGUGCGGGAUAGCCACCAGGAGAGUUGUGCUUUGAAUCAGCUGGGGGCAAGCGCUGUUUAGUGACUAGAGCUGGGAAUUCAGGGGGGCUUGAAUCUCCUUUUAGGCCUUGACUGCACUGGGGAUUUGCCCCGAUUGCAGCCACGCGCGUAGACGGACCACACUGCAAUUGCCCGAUCUUCCCAUGUUCGGCACCCGCUGCCGGGGCUGGAUUUUCAAAGGUCCCACCUCCCGUGGAGGCAUCUGAAGAAGGCCCAUGUUUGCAGAGGUGCCGCUCUGAUGCCGAAGUCUGGAGGGCCAAAAACAGAAGCUCUUCUGAAGCUCAGCCCGUGAAUGGGAGGCCCCAUUCUAGUGACAGACCUGGCCUGUUUGCGGCGAUGGGGCUAACCCCCAUUGAAACCAGGCUACCUGACUGUCAGCAUUGAGCCGCUUCCGCCUGUGGUGGUCGGGGAUGCCGUGACUUUGAAAUGUAACUUCAAGACGGAUGGCAGGAUGCGGGAGAUAGUCUGGUACCGGGUAACAGAUGGUGGUACCAUCAAACAGAAGAUCUUCACCUUUGAUGCCAUGUUCUCCACCAACUACUCGCACAUGGAGAAUUAUCGCAAGAGAGAGGACUUGGUGUACCAGUCAACAGUGCGUCUUCCGGAGGUUCGGAUCUCAGACAACGGCCCGUACGAGUGUCAUGUGGGCAUUUACGACAGAGCUACCCGGGAGAAGGUGGUCCUGGCAUCUGGCAACAUAUUCCUCAACGUGAUGUCUCCUCCCAUCUCCAUCUCAGUCAUUGCUGCGGACACGCCCGCCCCCUUCAGCCGCUACCAAGCGCAGAACUUCACCUUGGUCUGCAUAGCCUCUGGAGGGAAGCCUGCCCCGACGGUGUAUUUUAAGAGAGACGGGGAGCUCAUAGAGGUGGUGCCCCUCCUGGAGCCUCCAUCCGGCGCCGCCGGGCUACAGGACAGCCGAGCCGCUCGGAACCUGUUGAACCGCGACCUGGACGACACCAAGAUGCAGAAGUCCCUCUCCCUGCUGGACGUAGAGGACCGGGGUGGGCGGCCCUACACGGAGGACCCCCUCAAAAGCAUCACCCCUGACCCGGGACUUCUGUUCAGCCCGGCCACCGAGAUCAUCCCAGAGACUGUGGUGAGCCGGGAGUUCCCGAGGUGGGUCCACGACAUGGAGCCCGUCUACUACUUCCACCACACGCACAUCCCGCUCAGCGACGGCACCGUGGAGGUGCGGGCCAUGCUCAUGUGGACACUUAACCCGCAGAUAGACAAUGAGGCGCUCUUCAGCUGUGAGGUCAAGCACCCUGCCCUCUCCAUGCCCAUGCAGGCCGAGGUCACGCUAGUUGCUCCCAAGGGCCCCAAAAUCAUGAUGACCCCAACGAGAGCCCGCGUUGGAGACACAGUUCGGAUCUUGGUGCAUGGCUUUCAGAACGAAGUCUUCCCCGAGCCCUUGUUCACCUGGACCCGUGUUGGGAGCAGGCUCCUGGAUGGCAGCGCUGAGCACGAUGGGAAGGAGUUGGUCCUGGAAAGAGUGCCAGCUGAGUUAAAUGGCUCCAUGUACCGCUGCACUGCUCAGAACCCGCUGGGGUCCACAGACACCCACACCAGGCUUAUAGUGUUUGAAAACCCAAAUAUUCCAAGAGGAACAGAGGACUCAAAUGGUUCAGUGACCAGCCCCAACGGCUUCAGACUAAUUUUGAUGCUCACCCUAACAGUGAUCCUGGAGCUGACGUGAAGGCUUGCCUCUUCCUCCUCCUCCCUUGAACAGCUCCACCCAGCAUUUACAUCUCCGUCAAUUGGUUUUCUUUUCUUUUUUUUUUCUUUUCUUUUUCUAAACUAUUUACAGUCUUGUUCUCGGUCUCUUUCUGUCUGUGUCUUGGCUUCCUCAGUCGAUUUAAUUAAAAUGAAAAAAAUUUCCCCUGGUAAAA